ACUUUUUCUCUUUAAAAAAUUCUUUCAAUUCUUUCCAAUAACUGUUAUUUGUUAAAUAAACCAAUCAAAAAAUGUCUGACUUGAGACAGUUUGAACACCUUAAAAUACCGUUAGAAGCUAUAAUAACAGCAACCAACAACUUCUCAGAUGAAUCUUUGAUUGGUAGAGGAGGAUUUGGAAAGGUGUAUAAGGGAGAUGUAGUCCGUUCUGAAGGGGAGACGGUCGCUGCCAUAAAGCGUUUGGAUGGUAGAUAUGGUCAAGGUGAUCCUCAGUUUUGGAAGGAGAUAAUGUUGCUUUCUCAAUACAAGCAUACAAAUAUUGUCUCUCUUUUAGGAUAUUGCGACGAUUGUGAUGAAAAGAUCUUAGUGUACGAAUAUGCCCCUAAGAAAAGCCUUGAUCGAUAUCUAAACAGUAGUGAGCUAAAUUGGGUUCAACGUCUCAAGAUAUGCAGUGGGGUGGCUCAUGGAUUGGCAUAUCUUCAUGAAGCAGACGGAACCACCCAACAAAGAGUACUACACCGCGAUAUUAAAAGUUCUAAUAUCAUAUUAGAUGAUAAUUGGAAUGCAAAGAUUGCAGACUUUGGGCUCUCUAAAUUUGGGCCCGCCAAUCAGGAAUUCACAUUUAUGAUCUCUCAAGCCGUAGGCACACACGGGUAUGUUGAUCCCCUUUAUGUUGAGACGGGUUUACUAACUAAAGAGUCGGAUGUUUUCUCUUUUGGUGUUGUGUUAUUUGAAGUAUUGUGUGGGAGGCUGUGUUUUGGCUACCAAGGCGAUCGAAAUCAACCUUUGAUAGGAUUGGUGCGGCAAGCCUACGAACAAAACACCAUCAGAGAAAUAAUAUGCAAUAGUAUAAGGGAUGAAAUAGAUGGUUAUUCGUUAGAUGUGUUUACGAAAAUUGCUUAUCAAUGUCUGAAGAGAGAGCGCAAAGAACGUCCAAAAAUGUCUCUCAUCGUGACAAGACUUGAAACUGCACUUAUAUGUCAAGAGAUGAGAGCUACACCUUCUACCUUCUCCUUCUCGUCCACCUCAGCCUCCCCCUCGCACCCCUCAUCGUCCAUCCAAGUGUCAACAUUAUGCCGUCAAUUUGAAUUUUCUGAGAUUCAGUUAGCAACAGAUAACUUUGACGAAUCAUUAGUAAUCGGAAAGGGAGGUUUUGGAACGGUUUACAAAGGUUUUAUUAACAGCGAGUCAACUCUUAUGGUUGUUGCAAUUAAACGACGGCAUUCAAUGGCCUUCCAAGGAGCAGAAGAGUUCGGUGCCGAACUUGAGUUGCUUCCUACGUUGCGGCACUGUAAUAUUGUGCCUUUGAUUGGCUAUUGCAAUGAUGGGGAAGAGAUGAUCCUUGUAUAUGACUAUAUUACAAAUGGGACACUGUACCAACAUCUCCUUGAACUUGGUACCCCUCUUUCCUGGAUUCAACGACUCAAGAUCUGCAUUGGUAUUGCUCGUGGGUUACACUAUCUUCACAGUGGUGUAGGGAUUGAGGCUGGGGUCAUACAUCGGGAUGUCAAGAGCAGUAAUAUUAUGUUAAAUGAAAGCUGGGCAGCCAAAAUUACAGACUUCGGGUUGGCUUUGAGAGGCCCAACGGAUGAUCAGCCCUUGAAUUAUGCCGAGGAUCUUGUUAGAGGCACUUUUGGAUAUUUAGAUCCUGAUUACUACAUGACUGGAAAGCUCACAAUGAAGACUGACGUGUAUGCUUUUGGGGUGGUAUUGAUAGAAGUGCUCUGUCGGAUGAGUGCAACGGUUAGAAAUCUAGGGAAAGGUUUAAUAAUAUGUUUUCAGGAUUGUGUCAGAGAAGGCAAAUGGAAGGAUAUACCUGAUAUUGAUAUAAGCCAUCAAAUAGCCCCAAAAUGUUUGAAGGAGUUUGGACGAAUUGCUGAAAGAUGUUUGGAUGUGAAUCCAAGGAAACGUCCUACCAUGGCGGAGGUUUUGUUCAGUCUUGAGUCUCUACUGAUCAUACAAGAGAAAUACGAUGAUUCCUUGCAACCUGCAGAUUGUGACGACUUACAACCAUCUACACCUGUGAAACCAUUGUCUUUCUUAGAUUACAAUGACUUUGGUCGUAUCGAGACAACCAAAACCAAUGAUUUAGUUGAUGAAUUGAAAGAUUUGAUUACUUAUGAUGGUACCAUCAGCAAUAAAGUAACUUUAAAGCAAGAAAAUGCAUACAGACUUGACGAGAAAAUUGAAGUUUUUCUUGAAACAGGUGCUAACUUUCUCAGUGAAAAAGAACUUUUCUGUCAAUUCUCAGUGAAAAAUAUACUUGCAAUAGUAAUGUUAGAAGCUAUAAAAGCAGCAACCGACAACUUCUCAGAUGAAUGUUUGAUUGGGGAAGGAGGAUUUGGAAAAGUGUACAAGGGAGAAAUAGUUUAUUUUGAAGGGAAAACUGUGGCCGCUUUAAAGCGUUUGGAUCGCAGAUUUGGUCAAGGAGAUCCUCAGUUUUGGAAAGAGAUAAUGAUGCUUUCUCAAUACAAGCAUACAAAUAUUGUCUCUCUCUUAGGAUAUUGUGAUGAUUGUGGUGAAAAGAUCCUAGUUUAUGAAUAUGCCCCUAGGACAAGCCUUGAUCAAUAUCUAAACAGUAGUGAGCUAACUUGGGUUCGACGUCUUAAGAUAUGCAUUGGGGCGGCUCAGGGAUUGGCAUAUCUUCAUAAUGCAGCCGGAACCACCCAACAAAGAAUACUGCAUCGAGAUAUUAAAAGUUCUAAUAUCAUAUUAGAUGACAAUUGGAAUGCAAAGAUCACAGACUUUGGGCUCUCCAAGUUUGGUCCUGCCAAUCAGAGAUUCACAUUUCUUUUCUCUGAAGCUGUAGGCACACAAGGGUAUGUUGAUCCCCUUUAUGCUGAGACAGGCUUUCUAACCAAAGAGUCGGAUGUUUACUCUUUUGGUGUUGUGUUAUUUGAAGUAUUGUGUGGGAGGUUGUGUUUUGGCUACACAGACAAUAAAAAUCAACCUUUAAUAAAGCUGGCUCGGCAAUCCUAUGAACAAAACACAAUCAAAGAAAUAAUCUGCAACAAUAUAAAGGACAAAAUAAAUCGUUAUUCUUUGCAGGUGUUUACUACAAUUACUUACCAAUGUUUGAGGAGAGAGCGCGAAGAACGACCAAAAAUAUCUCUUGUCGUGACAGCACUUGAAACUGCACUUAAAUGCCAAGAGACCAAACCUUCUACCUUUUCCUUCUCCCCGGCCUCCCCCUCACUCCCGUCAUCGUCCAUCCAAGGGUCUCCAUUAUACCGUCAGUUUGAAUUUCCAGAGAUUCAAUUCGCUACACAAAACUUUGAUGAAUCUUUAGUAAUUGGGAAGAGCAGUUUUGGAAAAGUUUACAAAGGUGAUGUUAUAAUCGGAUCGACUCUUAUGGGUGUUGCAAUUAAACGUUGGGAUUCAAGUUCCAUGCAAGGAGCAGAAGAGUUUCGUACCGAACAUGAGUUGCUUCCUAUGUUGCGUCACUGUAAUAUUGUGCCUUUGAUUGGCUAUUGCAAUUACGGGGAUGAGAUGAUCCUUGUAUACGAAUAUAUGCACAAUGGAACACUAAACGAACAUCUCCAUAAACUUGGUACCCCUCUUUCUUGGAUUCAACGUCUCAAGAUUUGCAUUGGUGCCGCUCGUGGGUUACACUAUCUUCACAGUGGUACAGGGGUUGAGGUUGGGGUCAUACAUCAGGAUAUCAAAAGCUCAAAUAUUAUGUUACAUCAAAACUGGGCUCCUAAAAUUACAGACUUCAAGUUGGCUAUGAUAGGCCCAACUAAUGAUCAGCCCUUGACUUAUGUCGACACACUUGUUACAAGCAAUUACGGAUAUUUAGAUCCUGAUUAUUUCUUAUCUGGAAAGCUCACAAUGAAGUCUGACGUGUAUGCUUUUGGGGUAGUGUUGUUAGAAGUGCUCUGUCGGAUGCGUGCAAUUGAUAGAAGACUAGAGCUACAGAAUUUAGCAGCAUGGUUUCAGGAUUGCAUCAAAAAGGGAAAAUGGAAGGAUAUACCUGAUUUUUAUAUAAGCCAUCAAAUAGCCCCGAAAUGUUUGAAGGAGUUUGGACGAAUUGCUGAGAGAUGUUUGUAUGAAAAUCCAAAGAAACGCCCUACCAUGGCGGAGGUUUUGUUCAGUCUUGAGUCUCUACUGACCAUACAGGAGAAAUAUGAUGAUUCCUUGCAAUCUGCAGGUAGAACAAUAUUUGGUAGAAUUUUUAAUUCAUCUACAGAAAUAUAA